AUGCAGUUGUUUGACCGACUGUUCAAGAUCAAGAAACACCAACAAAGGACGCAGAACGACAAUAGCAUCAAAUCAGCAGACUCCAAUUCAACAUCGUCGUCUACCUCGUCUUCAAUAAUAGGUUAUCGGCAUGGUUCUAUCAGGCGAUUCUCUAGUCUACGUCAUUGGCGAUCCACAUCCAAACCAAUGAGCCAUAGCAAUAUAGUGCUGGAUCAACAGCAACAACAGCAGCAGCAGGACCUACUGACACAGUGUAUAGAAACCGCACUCUAUGUGAAUCCAACGAGCACUCAUUCUAGUAUCAAGAGAUGGUCAUACGGAAAUGCACCUCUCACUAACAACAUCUCAUUCCAGGAGCAGGAACCAUCACCGCCUCCAGCGCAACCUAGACAACGGAAACUAUCACUGCCGCCACAACCAACACACAUCGGAUACCUCGCAUCUAUACCAGAAGUUGAGAGCCAGUUAACUUUGGAUUUCAAUGAAUAA